UAAAACCAACGUAGAUCUAUUGGGUCCUUUUAAAGCAACCAUGCCUAUGCGAUGCACGUUAGCCAGCCUUUAUUAAUGAUCCCUGCCCCUCACCAAAUUUUGCAACGUUGCUACAUUAUAUAUUACCAGUUCUCUACUGAGCUGCGUCUGGAGAGGUAGAGACAUGGCAGAACAGGAAUCGAAGAAGCUAGAAACCGAAUCGCCGGUGACACCAACUCCAGCAACGGCACCGGCGGAAUUCAAGCAAGAUGCGGCACAGGAGAAAGCUAUUGUUCCAUCACCUGAAGAGAAGCUUGAUGAAUCCAAAGCUCUCGCUGUAGUCGAUAAGACUCAGGAAUCGGCUCCAAAGAAGAUUUCUGGGGGAUCACUUGACAGAGACAUUGCUCUUGCGGAGGUUGAAAAGGAAAAGAGAAAUUCCUUUAUCAAGGCAUGGGAAGAUAGUGAGAAAACUAAAGCAGAGAAUAAGGCUCAGAAAAAGCUCUCUGCUGUUAUUGCAUGGGAGAACAGCAAGAAGGCAGCAUUGGAAGCCAAGUUGAGAAAGAUUGAGGAAAAUUUGGAGAAACAAAAGGCAGAAUAUGCUGAGAAAAUGAAAAACAAAGUAGCUUUGGUUCACAAACAGGCUGAAGAAAAGAGGGCGAUGGUUGAAGCCCAACGAGGAGAAGAACUCCUAAAGGCAGAGGAAAUGGCUGCAAAAUACCGCGCUACAGGCCAAACUCCAAAGAAACUCCUCGGUUGCUUCUAAGGUUGCAAGUUUUGAGCUUGGUCUGGAAGCAGUAAAUGGAACUGGUGAUCUUUCUCUACAUAAUUUUUAUUUUUUGUUAACUCUUUGUUUUCAUCUGUACACUUUUCUUGUUCGUUUCUUUCCUCGUAGUUUUACGUCUUUGCCACUGGAAAAUGAUCAAAUUUCCAUUACUGAGUGUGUCUGUGUAUGUAUAUAAAUACAAUAUUUUAUCCGUGAGAAAGGAGUUUGAAUUUAUUU